GUAUCACUAUUCGUCACAAACAAAGCAACACAUACUUUGAGGCCUGCGCACCCAUAGCCUAUACACGCGAGCGACCAUCUCGGACUGUAUCGUCUGAUUUUUUCUCUAACUCUCCGCCAAAAUGCUGUCAUGGAAGGACGAGGAGGAGCUGUCCCGGAACCGCCCCGGAAGCAUGACGAAGCCUGCAAGGUCGUCUAUUGACGCUAUCCGCCAGGGCAGUAUGCCCCGAGGCAGUCUAGACAGGGGGGCGGGGCUCAGCCCCGUCGGCUCGAUCGGCUCGCCUGGUGGCCUCAAGCAGUCGCAGUCGCUCCUCCGUGGCCCGGGCCACGCAGCUGAGGGCACGAUUGGCUCCGAAGGCUGGUGGCAUCAUGCCUCCGAGGCCGCCAUGAACGAGGCACCCAAGGACGAGAAGGGCGAGAAGGUCGCCGGCUUUGUGCCCAUGUACAACAACAUCCCCGGCCUGGUCAAGAAGUCCAUAUGGGACGAGGAGCCAGCGGCCUCAGCGCCUGCUGCAGCUGGCCCACCGGCAUUUGCCAGCUCUAACGUGAGCGGGUCAGCCUUCGCUGCACCGGCGGCAGGUCCCAUCGCGGCGGCGGCUGUGCCCGCAGCGACUGAGCCUGCCGCGCCCGCAGCUGCCGCGGCGGCUGAGGCGCCAGCGGCCGCUGAGACAGCUGCUGAGGCACGCAGUGAGGGCGGUGCUGCGCCGCCCCCGGGAGCCAAGGGUGACGGCUGGUGGACUCGCAUGGACAACGGCAUUCUGAACCAGCCGCCCGAGUCGGCGGCACCUGCCCCUGGGGCGGUGGUCAAGGGCGAGCGCGUCAUGGGCGGCGGCUUCGUGCCGCAGUUUGGUGUGGCUGGCGGCAACGCCUACAAGUCCAUCUUUGCGGCGGAUGAGUCCAAGGUCGCGGAAGCCGCCAAGCCGGUGGAGAAGGCUGUGGCAGACUGGGCUCCCUUUACCGGUGCGGAGCAGCAGGCGGCUGCUCCCGCUGCCACAUGCGCGACGGCGGUGGCGGACGACGACUGGAGCGGCUUUGCUUCAGCGCCCAAGGUGGCUUAAACGCAUUAACGCAACCAGGUUGGAGAGCGAAUCCUGUCCGCCCGCCGGGGCACAAGUGAAUAAAGAGCCCAUGCAUGCGGUUCGUGAGCGUUGGUGCCGUGAGGGGGACAUGCAGUGAAGGGAGGGUUGUCGUAAGCGGGCCUGUAUCGAACUUGGAAGACCACGAGCGUUUCAGGGCAGGUCAUUAGACAACUAGCAGUCUGAUGACGACUUGCAAUUCAACGCAGAAUGCAUGAUGCUUGUUAUGGCUUGAUGCGAGCGAAUUGCUCGUGUUGGCCUGCCCGCACUACAUGUGUACCGAACUAUGGGUUGGUUUUCGUGGUCCAUCACGGUAAACCUUCGGCCUCAGACCAGCUCAGACUUGGAAAUUGUGAUGUGGCUCAGCCAUUUUGCCUUGUCGUGAUCCGUGAAUAUUUGUGAUUUGCAAGAUAUGGCCAUCCAGGCCUGUAUGUAAGGACGAGUGAGAUUGUGAUCCCUCCGUACACUGCAUGAGGCGGCCAUCAUUACGGUAGUCGUGUGCCACAGUGUGCCAAAUCGGGAUGCUUUUGAACAAUAAACACUUGCGGCUGAGCGGCUCUGUUUUACAUGUGAAACACGGGAGGUUAUAUGAGAAGCAGUAAAACUGUUAUGAGCAGAAUCGUAAGGCAAAUUUAUCGCU